AGCGCCAAUGCAAACUAGCCGAGGGACCGAGAGUCCAGGGGCAAACUGGGGAACAGGCUCGGCAGUCCGCAGCGAAAAGACAUAGGGCGGGGGAUUGGGAGUGAAACCGUUUAGACUCGUGGGACUUUUUUUUACUUUGCUGUACCGUUAAUUAGCCACCCUGUACAGUGUGUUUCCGUUUCUCUAUGUUUGGUGGACAUAAACCCUAUUCAAGGCUACGUUAGGAAACCGUGGACGGCAGCGGGGAGAAUACAUUUCCAUUGCAUCGCACAGUUGGACUCCGACUCUGGUGAUGCCGGUGGCGAGGGGAUUGCCGUGCAACUCAGGGAAACAGGGCGUUGGAGGAUGAUGGUAAUAAUAGAAUCAUCAUGGCAAACGGUACCGGCACUAUUAUGUUGAAAUGCGUUGUGGUUGGAGACGGGGCUGUAGGCAAAACGUGUCUGUUGAUGAGCUAUGCCAAUGACGCCUUUCCAGAGGAGUAUGUGCCCACUGUGUUUGACCAUUAUGCAGUGAGUGUCAACGUUGGUGGGAAGCAGUACUUAUUGGGACUUUACGACACAGCUGGUCAGGAGGACUAUGACCGUUUGAGGCCUUUGUCCUACCCAAUGACCGAUGUCUUUCUCAUCUGCUUCUCUGUGGUCAACCCGGCUAGUUUCCAGAACGUGAGGGAAGAGUGGGUCACCGAGCUGCAGGAGUACGCCCCAAGUGUCCCCUACCUCCUCAUAGGCACCCAGAUUGACCUUCGAGAUGACCCUAAGACCAUCGCCAAACUAAAUGACAUGAAGGAGAAGCCCAUUACCACAGAGCAGGGCCAGAAGUUAGCCAAAGAGUCUGUACCUCCCUCGCUUCUCCAGAUUGGUGCUUGUGUCUACGUGGAAUGCUCGGCUCUCACCCAGAAAGGACUGAAAACUGUGUUUGACGAGGCCAUCAUUGCCAUCCUGACCCCCAAGAGGAAGAAGUGUGUCCUGAAGACAAGACUGGGGCCACGCUGUAUUAACUGCUGCCUCAUCACGUGAGACUGAUGGAAACCUCCAAAAACACCUGGGUCCUAUUUAUUACGGCAUGCAAUGGAAAACCUACAUUUGUUUUUGUCAAAAACUGUGGGGAAAAAACUAAUUUCUUAUUGGGCAAGAUCAGGUAGCCCCACAUUGUUUCCGACUUUUAUUCCAUUUAGUGCCUAAUGAAUACACUCCUGAAUACAAACAUGGGUGGGUCAUAAAUUGUGAAAAAGCAACUGAAGGAGCAAAAUAGAUUUUUUUAAUCAUUUUUUUUGUCUGGAGGGAUGGUCUCUCCUGCUGUCGACCAAUGGAGUUAGGGUGCAACUUUAUUACCAAAGGAUCCCAACACCCAAAUCAACAACGCCCUUCAGUAAGACUUUAUUUGCCUUUGAGAAUUUCUUUUUCAACUUUUUAAAAAUAAUUUUCAUGUGCAAAAAUGUUGUAAGCUAGCAGAAAACACAUCUAUAUUAUGGUGUUCAUUUUACCCCUGAUAUACUGUUAUUUUUUUAAGCCGACAAGUGGGUGCACUGCAUUCAAGGAAAGCGCUUUCCAUCAGGAAAGUGCCUCACGUUGUCUGUUUCGAUAACUCAUGUCCGCCACUACCAAUUCAGUGCUCACGGUUUAAGACUCCAACGUCAUUGAUAUGUGGAUAUGUUUCUUUUAAAGCCUGUCCCAUAUUCUAGCACACUGUUUGCUCCAUUUGCUCAGUUUUCAGUUCUGUUAUUACAAAAGCGUUAACUCAGCGGUGCCCAAAAAAGUUAAACGCACACUAUAUGGGAGGCAGGGAUGUGGGGAGGGCGAUGCAAACCGACAUCUCCGUCCCGCAACAUGAAGCACAGUCCGCACGCUUAUUCCUGCGUGUUAAAGCUGAGGUAUGAAAAUCCUCCGGCCCACCUCUACUCAUGGCACUCUGUCAUGCUGACCUAAACAUACUGUGCACAAUGGUCUGUACAGAACCAGCCCGUUUCAGUACAGCACAGUCUGGCCCGGUUCCAUACUGUGAAAAGCGUAUUCAGUAAUUUUGCAGUUUAAGCACAAAACAUGCGGUUACGACAUCCUCUGCCAUUGGCCAAGUGGAUGCAUGCAUGAGCACAAUAAGCUUUCUCAUUUAUCUCAUCCCACCCGCCCCAAGAAGGCCCUCUUCAUACGCGUACUACUUCCCCAUUUGGAUGGACAUUUAGAUUACGGUUUGUAAGCCAAACAACUGUCGUCGGGACCCUUUUGUUUUGUCUUUUAAUAACAUUUUCUCCCUAUUAUUAUAAUUUUCUCAUCUUUUUUAUUCAUAAGGAAGGUGACAACUGCUUGCUUUACUGCCUGAUCUUAUAGUUGUACAUUGUUAGUUCAGGGUUGGACUUGCUGCUUGAAUGUAAAUGGUGCUCCUGUUUUUCUUGCUCUGUCCCUCCCUGCUGCGCUGUGUAUUGGGUUUUUUCUCCUUGAAGAGCACAACAUACUUGAGUGGUAACAUUCACUCUUUACCAGGAGUUGUUGCACUUACUGCUACUGAGCUAAAUCUAACGGAUCUAUAGCAGUACAGAACUUUGUGCAGUGUCGAGUUAAGCCUCUUUUUUUUCUGAAUAAACGUGUUUACUAUCUCAA